AGGUCCCUCCUACGACGACGGAACUGACUUGCAUCCAGUUUUUUUUUCCUUGCCAAGGCACUCCGCGAAAAGGGCCUUAUCUAUAUUAACCUCGCUGGUCAUGUUGGUUCUCCGGCGUGAACGGCAAAGGAAGAGGUCCCGAGUCGAAGCCCAAUUUGGGAGCAAUGCGUUCGGUGCUAUGUGUCAUGAUGGGACGUGAGCCUUCCGCAUGUCCGAGGCGCCCGACGACGGGCAUAUAAGAAGGCGAGGUGACGAGCGUCACCUCCCUUCCAACAACUAUCGCUCGGCAACGCAACAAUGUCCGCAACAUCAUCGACUGACGUCGAGUCUGCCUCUGACAUCACUCAAAUGGCGUCCAGCAAGCCUUUCCAAAUCGGCACAUACAUACACUGGACCAUUGCCGACAAGCCCGACAAGGUUCACGCGACCGACCUCGCCUCGGUGAAAACAUCCCUCUCCUCCGCCGAUGUCCGCGCAACGCUCCUCUCGCAGCUCGGCUACCACCCAUCCGACGCAUCUCACGUGCUUACACUGUGUCGUGCGGACGGGUCCGUGAUCCCGUUGACGGGCGCCAUCCCGCCCAACUCGUGCGACGAUGCAUAUGUUUUGCACGUAGUGAAGGCUGUCGGUGAUGCCGAUGCGGUUGCCGUUCCGGCGGCUGCGGAGCUUCCGGCGAAACGUGCGGAGUUGGAGGAUGUGCAUGCUGAGAUUGAUGCUUUGAAGUGGCAAGUCCGCCUCAUGAAAAAGCAGCUCGCUUUGGGCGGACCGCUUUCCGCCGGCGGCGCAACCCCCCCGGCACCCAUGUCAUCGGACCGGCGCCACCUCACGGACGAAGAAGCGCAAGAAAUCAUCCAAGACCUCGAAAUGCUCGCCACAGAACUCACUCUGGUGCACGACCUCGGCUUACCCGCCUUGCCGUUUCGCCGGUUCCUGUUUGGGUUAAAGGACGCGUUCGAGAAGAGUUCGACGCCGGUGGAUUUUAGGCAGUCGCAUCAGAUGACUAGGGCUGUUUUUCAUGUGUUGAAGGCGAAUCAUGUGACGAUGAAGUGGAAGGGGAUAGACAAGCUUGUUUGUUUGCUGAGUACCCUCACAUAUGGCUUGCGCAAACCGACCGCGGACAAAGCCGCACCUCACCAAGAGUCCAAAUCUAACCACUACCACGCCCAAGACCAAUUCUCAAUCAUAACAUCCCUCCUCAACACCCCCCCAACCAACUUCCUCUCCCACCUCGACCCGCACGACUUCAAAGACUUCAAAGAAGCUCUCAAAUCCAACCUCUCCAUCCUCGCCGCGCCGCGCACAUUCCUCCCAGAAAUCCCCGCUCGCAAGAUCAACCCCAACACCACUGCGAAGGAUGGUAAACCGCAUCAAUCGCAGAUCCCGAGUGUGAGCGCUGUGGAUCGGUUCAGUAAGAGUACGACGGGGACGACGGCGCAGUUGAAGAGGAGGGGAUCGUUGGAUUUGAAGAGUAGGGCUGCUAAACCGGUGGAUUUUGGGGAGUUCAAGAAAUCUGCUGCUGCUGCCGCCUCUCCUGUCGCGGUGCCUGCUGCCACGCCCCCGCCGUCGCCGCCAACAGCCGUCGUGGAAACGCCUACAGCAGGUCCUACACCAAGGGAAGACAAAGUCAUGAAAGAACGUCAGCUGGCCCGCAUGUAAGCCUCCCUCCUCCCUCGUAUCACCCGGGCAUCUCUAAACCUCCUCCCUCCCUCAGCUACGAACAAGAAGGCGUCGACAAAGAGCUCGCGGCACUCAUCAAACAAGACAUGCUCGAUCUCACCCCCAACGUGCGCUGGACCGACAUCGCAGGGCAAGAAGAGGCUAAAACGUUGCUAGCCGAAGCGCUGGUCAUGCCGGCACU